GACCAUGCGGGUGUCAGCUGUGCUGCUGACGCUCCUGGCGGGCGCGCGCUGGACGGCCGACGCCUGCGUGGAGCUCGACGCCGACGCACUGCGCUGCUCCGUGACCACGCUGGACGAGGCCCGUGUGAACAUCACGCGGCCCGAGCGGCUCCAGCGGCUGGAGCUGACGUGCAGUGACCGGUCGCACCGACACGAGCAGCUGGACGUGUCGUUCCUGCGUGGGUUCGGCGGACUCCGUUCGCUGGCGAUCCACGGUUGUGUCGUUGUCGGCGUCGGUCGCGGCGCGUUCCGGCACCUUCGGAGCCUGAGUGCGCUCAGCCUGAGGACGUACGGCGCGGAGUGGCCCGGAGUCGAGCUGGAGCUCCAGCCGGGCGCGUUCGCAGGCGUGGAGCGUCUGGAGUCGCUGGACUUGAGCGUCAGCGGCCUGCGCCUUCUGCAACGAGGUGUCUUCGCCAGCCUCACCACACUGAAGAAACUGAACCUGACCGGAAACGAUCUUCAGGAUUUCUCCGAGCUGCUUGGUGCGGGCAUCAGUGAAAACCUGCAAAUACUGGACGUCUCCCACAACCGGAUUUCUGAGUUGCCGGUCUCCGCAGCCAGCUUCCUGCCCAGCCUCCGCGAGCUGUACAUCAACGCCAACGAGCUGUCGGCGAUCCAGGACGGCGCGCUCUGGGGCCUGCCGAGGCUGGAGGUGCUGGACGUCUCCGACAACCAACUGGCUGCGUUACCGGCCCUGAUGCUGAACGAGACGCGACGUCUACGUGACCUGCGGAUGCAGAACAACAGCAUUCGCGUCCUGCCGCCGGGCUUGCUGGCGGACCUGCCGCACCUCCUGGCCGUCAACAUAUCGUUCAACGAACUCAGCUCGCUCUGGGUGCGCGGCGACGCGUUCAGCGGCCUGCUCCGGCUGGUCGUGCUGGACCUCGCCGGCAACCGGCUGGAGACGCUGAGCCCGGAGGUGUUCGGCGACCUCUCGAGCCUGCAGGUGCUUGACCUGUCUGUCAACCGACUACAGUCGCUGCCCGGCGGCGUGUUCGCGGCGCUCAGCAACCUGCACACACUGACGUUGUCGGACAAUCUGGUGAGCCGGCUGGAGCGGCGCUCGCUGGCCGGCCUGCGCGUGCUCAGCCGCCUCAGCCUCGACCGCAACCGGCUGGCACACAUCGAUGACGAGGCGUUCGGCCACGCGCGUGGCCUCACCGAGCUGCAGCUGCAGGGAAACAGGCUGCGUGGCCUGCCGCCCGCGCUCGGCCGGCUGCCGCGGCUUCAGCGUUUGGACCUGGGUGACAACGGCGUCGUGAGCCUGCCGGCCGGCGCGCUGCAGCCGCUCUCGCACCUCGGCUUUCUUCGCCUGGCAGGCAACCGACUGGCGAACGUGUCGGCGGCGCUGCUGGCCGGGCAGCGCGAGCUCACACUGCUCGACCUCUCCCGCAACGAGAUCAGCAGCGUCGAGAGCGGCGCCUUUGACGGAGCGACCGGCCUGCAGGCGGUCCGACUCGACGCCAACCGGCUCAGCAACGUCAACGGCCUUUUCGCGAAGCUGCCGGCGCUGCUCUGGCUCAAUGUCAGCGAUAAUCGGAUCGAGUUCUUCGACUACGCGCUGAUCCCGGCGGAGCUGCGUUGGCUGGACCUCCGGAAGAACCAGCUGAAGGUGAUUGGAAACUUCUACAACAUAGAGUCGAAGAUCAAGCUGGAGACGUUGGACCUGAGCCACAAUCAGAUCUCGAGCAUCAACAGAGCCUCCGUGCCCGACAGCAUCAAGUACCUUAUAUUAACCAGCAACCAGCUGACGACGGUGGAGCUGGGGACGUUCGAGGCCAAGUCCCGGCUGAUCCGAGCCGACUUGUCCUCCAACCAGCUGAGCCAGCUAGAACUCAAAGCAAUCACGCUGCCGAGUGCAGACGAAACCAAGGACAAAGAGGCGGCGGAGGUGCUGCUAGCGGGCAAUCCUUUCUUCUGCAACUGUCGGAUGGACUGGCUGCAUACUAUCAACUCGAUACUCUCGAGGCGCAAGUACCCUAGGGUGCUGGACGCGGAGCGGGUGAUGUGCCGUCUGCUACGGUCACCGGACCACCCGAUCCCGCUGCCGCUCACCGAGCCGGCCGACUUCCUCUGCAACUACGAGCGGCACUGCUUCGCCCUCUGCCACUGCUGCAACUACGUGGCCUGCGACUGCGAGAUGAAGUGCCCCGACGGCUGCUCCUGCUACCAUGACCACACAUGGAACACCAACAUCGUCGAUUGCAACAGCCGAGAGCAGAUAGCCAUCUCGCGGGAGAUCCCGAUGGACGCGACGGCCUUGUUGGCCGCCGGCAACAACAUCCGAAGCCUGGAGAGCCACACUUUCAUCGGGCGCAAGCGGAUCCGCCUGUUGUACGUCAACAACUCCAACGUGGAGGAGAUCCAGAACCGCAGCCUCAACGGCCUCUCGGCGCUCCAGGUGCUCCGGCUCGAGAACAACGUCCUCCCGGAGCUGUACGGACACGAGUUUGACAGCCUGCAGUCUCUCCGCGAGCUCUACCUGCACAACAACCGUCUGAGGACGAUUCAUCCGUCUGCCUUCACCAAGCUAGGCUCUCUGGAGGUACUGACACUGAGCGACAACCGGCUCUUCAGCUUCCCCGUCUGGCGGCUGACGUCCAAUCGCUACCUCGCGGCGCUAACGCUCUCCGCCAACCCAUGGUCGUGCGAAUGCGCUUACAUGGCCAAGUUAACCGCUUUCGUCGCCGACAACGCCGCCAAGGUAGAGGACGGCGGUGAUGUGCGCUGCUCGAAGACGGCGCUGGGCGUCGCGUCCACGUGCGCCCCGGACGAGGCGCAUGCGACUGAGUCGGUGACCACCGGCUCCUCCUACACGGUAACAACGGGCGUUUCAGUCGUCACGCCCGACGCCGAGAAGCAGUUCGACGUGUUCGUCACGUACAGCGCGCAGGACACGCGAUUCGUGAACGAGGUGCUGGCGCCGGAGCUGGAGCACGCGACGCCGGCGUACCGGCUUUGCCUGCUGCGGCGCGACGCGCCCAGCACCAGCUACCUGGGCGACGCCGUGCACCACUGCGUGCAGGCGUCGCGGCGAACGCUGCUCGUGCUCUCCAGGAACUUCCUCGACAACGAGUGGUGCCGCUUCGACUUCAAGGCGUCGCACCUGGACGCGCUGGAGACGUCGCGCGGCGUGGUGGUCCUGCUGUACGGUGUGGAGCGCAGUGCGGUGGAGGGCGAACUAAAGACGCUCCUGAAGAGCGCCUCGUGUGUGCGGUACGGCGGCCUUGACUGUUGGCGUCGCCUACACCGGCUGCUGUCGCCCGGCCGUCGCUGCAAGAACUCGCUGCCUCGCAGCGUCAGUGACCACGCCUGCAUCACGUGCGACCGCUACAGCAAGAACCCGCGGAACACGAUGGUGCGGCGGGACUCGCCGAUGCUGGCCUGCUCCGCGCUGGGGUCGCAGCGUCGGCACGGCGAGCCGUCUUCCUCGUGCUCCGGCUCGAUCAGAGCCCCGGGCUCCACGUCGGGGGGACGGCCGCCGCACGGCGGCAGCUGCAGCAGCCUCCAGCCCAGCGAGCACACGUACGUGUCGCUCGAGCAGUACGGGACUGUGGACCGGACGCCGGCCGAGUCGGAGAUGUACGCCACGCUGGAGCCGGCGGUGAUGCUGAGCGGGCCGUCCGACCCAAACCUCGCCGCUCACGCCCGCCAGUGGUCGGAGUCAGGGGAGGGUCAGCCGGCCGGCUGUCGCCAGCUGUCACCUGAUCACCUGGGUCGGAGGAGCCGGCAUCACUCCCAGAGGUCAGGGUCCGGCCUGGACGACCUGGAUCAUCACCACCAGAGGUUCGGGUCCGGCCUGGAUGACCCGGGCCACCACCACCAGGAGCUCUCUCUCUCUCUCUCUCUCCUCUCUCUCUCU